GUUCAUCCAAAGGCUCCAUCGACAUCCUCAGAAGGCCUUUUCACCUCAGAUGAACCCCAAGUUCUAACUAUCAUUUCCAGUGGCACACCUCUCCUGUUAUCCCUUCAUCCAUUGAGUCAGCCUCCAUCAAUCCGACCCGGGCGUCGUAAAACAAGGACUUCUUGAAGACUUGAUCGCCAAAUGGGAUGGAGUCAUCGAUCAGAUGGCCGCAGCAGAGAAGUACAAUCAGGAGUUUGAGGAGUCCAGAGAGUACAGGAAGUGGCUGGAGGAUGCCAAGGGUGCCUUCGACGGCUGUCCUCGCUGGGGUCCUAUCUCAACCAUUCAGCAGGAGGAGACCCGGAGGACGUAUCAGGACCUGAGCGAUGCUGACCUCCAGGGACUUUGCCGAGCCCACGUGAAGAAUUAUGGAUUGGACUUGAAGUGCGAUGAGAAAGGGACGCGGAAGAGCCGUGAGGACCGACUGCUGAGAUAUGAAAACCUGGCCGCUGGCUCGCUCUCCUUGGAGGCUGUCACCCGGCUGAUGCGGGAGGUGCGAUCCACAUCAGAUGCAGGCCAAGUCUUUGCCCAGAAGCGGACGGAGUGCAUGAGCGACGCGGGGGACAGCGACGAGUCGGAGUGCAUGACGUCCGUGGAGGCCUUGAAGGUCUUGGAAGCGAAAGUGACUCGCAAAGCCAUCUACAGAAUGUGCCUCAACAGAGGGUUGCAAUGCGAUCACGAGCCCAAGCAGAAAGCCAAGGGACCAAAGUCCUCUAUGAAGGCGAAGGCAUGUAAGAUUUGCGACACCAGAGUUCGCCAGAAGUUUGGCAAGUUCUGCACCCAGUGCGAUCAGGAACAUGACACGCAAGAUAUGGCCAUGCAAGUGGUUGCCAGCAUGGGUGGUGGCAUGAUCGGAAAUGCUGGACGCAAUGGCCGAAACAAAGAUGCCUUCGGCCGAUGCCAGAGCAACUCCGACUGUUGGUUGCUGAACACCAAGUGCGAGGGCGACGGCGACGAGAAAUCCUGCCGUUGCGAGGUGGGCUCCUGCUUCACGCUGGUGCAGAAUCCGGGAAACCCCCAUGACGGAACAGACUUGCUUCCGGUGUGUCAGACGGAGCAUGGUGGCUGGCGAGAGAUGGCUCUUAACAUGAAGCGUAGUUUCUUGACCUAUCGCUACACCUUGGGCCAGAUGGUUGGCAAGUUCAAGACUAUGCCAAGCAAAUCAGAAAGUUGAGAGGCCUUGUCCGAAAGGAUGCCAAAUCUUGAACGUUGGUCCAUCCAAUGUAAAGACUAUAGGUGCCUUGGACCAGUUUCUAUGCCCUCACGUGCUGCAGACACAAAAAGCCCCGCUGAGCGCAGUCGUCAC